AUGGUUUUAGUUUCUCAUCAACCGCAGGGCUUGUAUGUGGCAUUUUCAUCUAGGAAUUUGCCAUGGAGCAAAAGUAUGAAGUUGAAGCAGUGUUUCACAAAACGUCACUUGAUUGGAAGAGCUGAUUGGCAUCACAUGUUAAAGCAGACUAAUUGUCUAAGUGUAGGGCCUCCUCACAUUUGUGGAUCCAAGCCUAAACCUUUGACUAUCACAGGCUUCAAAGGCAAUGACCAAAAUGAUGCUUCAGAAGCCAGAGCUAAGGAGUUGAAGGUCCACAAGAACUCGGUUAGAGUAGAAGAGAAGGGGGAAGUUAAGUCAGAGUCUCCAAAGACCCGUAAUGUUCCACUUACUGGUGCAAAUGAGAGCCUUGCAGCAUCAUCUGCUAUUCAUAAACUUUUUAAAAAAUGGCUGACAAUUAUGCACUCACCUCCAUCAAAUCAAGGAGUGGAGGAAACUUUGGGAGAACCACCUCCAGAGGUUCUAUCAAAAACAUCACAAGGGAUGCAGCGGACUGAAAAAAGUCAGAUAUUGAAGGUGGUCUGGUCUACUUUUCAGUCUCUGGAUGCAACAAUAAAGAUUCCACUCUUAAUAUUUGCUCCUUUCUUUUUGGCGGUUAAUGCAAUUUAUGGUCCUGAAGUGUCCAAGGAGUUAACUCCGUUAUGGAUAAUAGGGCCAUUCGUUGUGGCCCUCUACAUCAUGAUGGUGCGAGUGCUGUGUUCAAUUUAUGUCUACAGCUUUAAGCAAACUGUGAAAGUAAUUAAGAAUUUACCCUCAUACUGCAAUUCAGCCCAAAACUAUGUUUUUGGUGGAAAGCUCAAAGAAGAUAUAAAAGCUCUUAUUUUACAGCCAAUACUGAACAUAAAAAGUGCAGAUUACAAACAACUGACAAUAAAAUUGAUGAAACAAUUGGCAGAAUGGAUAGGUGAGAAGUAUCUUGAUUUCUUGGAAUCAAUAUGGCCCUGUUAUUGUCGGGCGAUCAGAUUUUUAAAGAGCUCAAAUCUUAUAUAA